AUGCUUGAUCCCACGAGUGCUACGAUAUCUAAAUCAGGCUUCAGGAACGUACAUUGUCAUAGCGCCGAGAUCGGAAAAAGUUUUCUGGAGAGCAGAUCUAAAAGCGCGAACGUUAGCCUUCAUAUACGGUAUCUGCAUCAUCAUCAAAUAGACUUGCCGACGAAUCAACCACUCUCAAAUCCGCUCACUAAGAUUGGAAGCUUGGAAAAUACGGGGUGGGCUAGGGCCCUAACUCACUGUAAAGAAGAAGAUGUCCAACUGUUUAUUAGCUCCUGGAAAAAGUCAUAA